CUGCGGAAGCGCUCUGUCGCAACCCCGGACUCCCCGCGCGCAGCAUUGCGUCAAUCGUCGCCGGGGAUUCACGAUUCAGCUCUGCCUGCCUGCAUCAUCAUCAUCCUCUUUGAAUUGCAGUCUCGGUUGCAUUUCCUCUGAUACCCACCUUUGACCCACGACGGUAUAACUUAACUACCAAGGCGCCUGGGGGGGGGAGAGUGAGUGGCUCCAGCUAUGGAGUGCAGGGAUUGUGUGAGGAGGUUGACGAACAGGAUGGGGCGCAUGCGGUGCGACUGCGGUGAAUGUUGCCGGAUUGACGACGUUUGGGUUUCUGGGUUAUGACGGAAUCGGUUGCCAGUGAGUGAUUCAGUUCAUUGGGGAUUGAGUUGGUUGGUGUUGGAAAUGAUGGUGGGAGUUACGGGGAGAGGACAGGUCAGCGGACGAAGCGAUACAUUUUGAGUAUUUUGAGGGGUUCGAUAUUUGUACUCUCGCUUUGUUCCUGGAUUCUGGCCGCGUCGUGUUGAAACUUGAUGCCGUGUCUCUCUCGCUGUCUCUCACUCCUGUCUUGGGAUGCAUGUGGGUUGUUAGUUGUGGUGCUGUUUGCAAAUUCGCAGUGAAGGACUCUUUACCAGGUCGAACUGUGAUUCACUCGGAAUUGGUUGCAGUUUCGUAUUCUCCUUGUAAAAGUAGUAGUGCUAAUUUCAACUCAGACCGUCGAUUAUUUGCUCUGCAACUUUCUGGUAAAAAUCUAAGAACUUCCGAAGUGAGGUUGCCGAUAGUUUAUCUCGAGGACGACUGAGAUAUUUUAGUUAAACCCUCGAUCCGUAUGCGAUGGAUACCAAAUGCUUGGGAGCCGCACAAGGGUCUCCAUCAUGCGCCGCCCAAUCUUUGUGUCUGAUUAAGCAAGAGAGACUUUCGAUAGGAACCAAGUUCCUGCCCACAUCCUUGUAUCGUUUCCCACGUCUUCGCCAGAAGUCGAGCUCCGCUCAGCUGUAUGGCCUGCGCGCCAACGCAAGCUCAGAGACCCAGCUCGUGCAGGGUUCCCAGGUGAAUUUUUAUCCGGAGAAACAUUUGCAAACGCUUGAUGUGCAGAGACCUCAGCGGCAUCAGCAUGCGCACGUUGCGAUCGACUCCAAUGAUUUAAGUCGGGUAUGGACGGCGCCUCCCAUUCAACAUGAUGUAGGCGUAACACUCCUAGUUCUUUUUGGAGGAUGGGUGUGGGUCCGAUUCUUUGAUUUUCUCACGAAGAAGAAGUACCUCGGACAGAAAUUGAGCCGGAAGUUGGUGCAUAUCACAUCAGGUCUCCUCUUCGCAUCGUGCUGGCCAUUUUACAGCUCAUUCCCAGGGGCUCAAUAUCUUGCGGCUCUAGUGCCAGUCAGCAACGGCAUCAGGCUCCUCGUAUAUGGUCUCGGAUUCCUAAAGGACGAAGGGCUGGUGAAAUCUGUUAGCAGGGAAGGCGAUCCUCGGGAGCUUCUUCGAGGACCAUUGUAUUAUGUCGUUGUGUUAGUGUUCAGCACGAUUCUCUUUUGGCGUGACUCCCCCGUAGGGGUGCUGGCCCUCGCCAUGAUGUGCGGGGGGGACGGCAUUGCAGACAUCGUGGGGCGGAGGUUUGGAUCAAGCAAGCUGCCAUAUAAUUCUGGCAAGAGCUGGGCUGGCAGUAUUGCGAUGUUCUUGUUUGGAUUUCUUGUGUCGUAUGGGUGCCUUUGGUAUUUUUCCCUCAUGGGGUUCUAUCAACUCGACACAAGGAGCGCUCUUCUUCGACUCUCAGUGGUUUCCCUUGCUGCCACAAUUGUCGAAUCUCUUCCCAUUUCAACAAAACUUGACGACAAUGUCACUGUGCCGCUGACCACUGUCAUCGUGGGGAUGCUUCUCUUUCCUUCUAGUGCAAAUGUACUUGGACCGACCAACUGAGGUGGUGAGUGAGCUGAUAGCUGUGAGCCGAAUUCGUAGGAUUGUUCCCAUUUCGAACGAAAAUAGUUGCGACGUCGUCAGCAUCUUGCAGUUCUGAUAAUUUCUAGGAGCGUGGGGAUUUUUGUGAGAAGCUCACUCUUGUGUGUUAUACAGUGGAGGACCACAACUCCUUUUAUUCAAUUAAGUUCUUAAUUAUUUUGCGUA